CGUAAACAUUCGCGUGCUCUCGCGCUCAGAGAGAGGAACGGAGCGAGCGAGGACAGUGAAAGCUCUCCAUUGCGCGGGCAUUUGACAGAGUUGUGUGCAGCUGAACGUGUUGAAGGUUAACGUCAGAUGGGCUCUGUGAGAAGAAGAAAUAUGAGAAGCAAGACUCGGUAAGAAAACGCCUUGUGGGUUGCGGGACAAGAGAGAAGUUUACAAAGGAGCGUCUUCUUCUGAUAAGCCUCCACAUUAAGGCAAGAGAGCGCGCGAUGAAGUUCGGUGAGGGAUUUGUGUAAACGUCACGAGAAGUUAAUGCGAAGAAGAACAAACAAGACUUUUUGGAAACGUUAUUAGCCUUUAAGACAAUGACAUUAAGAAGGGAAUGCAAUCGUAAAAACAACUUCCACGCAUAAUGUGGAUUUCUACGCUGAAGGUAUUUCGUUCUCCUUUUGCGUCUGAUAAAAGGAGGUUUUAACGGAUAUAUUUUGGACAUAUUUUUCCGUGCCGCCGGUGGACCAAAUCAAAAUACCACGCAUACUUUUCCAGCUUGAAUAAUUCAUGAAAUAGUGCGUGCCUUCGAGGCUUGGAAAAAAGUUACGGCAAUACGGGGAGGGGGAAUAAGAAGUAGAACUGUUCAGAGUGGUGAGGGGGAUGGCCACAGCGGCUUCCAAUCCUUACCUGGCCAGCAAUAGCAUUCUCUCGUCAGCCUCGAUCGUGCACUCGGAGUCCGGAGGUGGUGGCAUGCAGCCGGGAAGCGGUGCUGUAACAUCGGUGUCGGGAGGUUACAGAGGAGACCCCGUGGUCAAGAUGGUGCAGAGCGACUUCAUGCAAGGAGCCAUGACGGCCAGUAACGGGGGGCACAUGCUGAGCCAUGCCCAUCAGUGGGUUACCUCACUGCCACAUGCGGCCGCCGCAGCAGCCGCCGCCGCAGCCGCUGCAGCAGCAGAAGCCGGCUCCCCUUGGUCCUCCAGUCCAGUUGGCAUGGCCGGGAGCCCACAGCAACAAGACGUGAAGAACAGUUCAAACAGAGAAGACCUACACUCUAGCACCGCGCUGCACCACAGAGCCUCGCAUUUAGGGGCUCACCAGUCGCACCAAAGCGCAUGGGGUGGCACCACAGCCUCCCACAUCCCCACCAUCACCGGAGGACAGCAGCAGGCCCAGCAGUCUCUCAUUUAUUCCCAGCCGGGUGGCUUCACAGUCAACGGGAUGCUGAACCCUCCUGGGAGUUUAGUCCACCCGGGGCUGAUGCGAGGAGACUCGCCAGAAAUGGAUCACCAUCAUCACCACCACCAUCAGCAGCAGCAGCACCCUCACCACCACCACCACCAGCAGCAGCACCACGCGGGAGUCAACAGCCACGACUCGCACUCAGACGAGGACACGCCGACCUCCGACGACCUGGAGCAGUUCGCCAAACAGUUUAAGCAGCGUCGGAUCAAACUGGGGUUUACUCAAGCCGAUGUCGGGCUGGCUCUGGGAACCCUUUACGGAAACGUUUUCUCGCAGACCACCAUUUGCAGGUUCGAGGCUCUCCAGCUGAGCUUCAAAAACAUGUGCAAGCUCAAGCCGCUGCUGAACAAGUGGCUGGAGGAGGCCGACUCGACCACGGGCAGUCCCACCAGCAUCGACAAAAUAGCAGCUCAAGGCAGGAAACGAAAGAAGCGCACCUCCAUCGAGGUGAGCGUGAAGGGAGCCUUGGAGAGCCAUUUUUUGAAAUGCCCCAAACCGGCAGCGCAGGAGAUAUCCUCUCUGGCGGACAACCUCCAGCUGGAAAAGGAGGUGGUUCGGGUCUGGUUCUGCAACCGAAGGCAGAAGGAGAAGAGGAUGACGCCGCCCGGGAUCCCUCAGACGCCCGAGGACGUGUACAGCCAUCCCGGCAACGUGAGUGCAGACACACCGCCUCCGUCCAUGGACUGCAAACGGGAGUUUUGUGGUAGAUUACUUAAAAGGUGCAAGUUUGAAAGAUGAACCGGACAGCAACCACAACGUGACAUCUGCGAGCUCCUAUGGCCAGGAGAUUCUGGUGCACUGACACCGAAAUCAUAACCAGCCCAAAGCCAACAUAGACUUUAUGGAUUGAAAUGACAAAAGUACUCUCAAGGACAUGGAUCAAUGCAGACAAACAUUAAAUAUUAAACAGUGGAAGAAUUUACCCCAGGACACGUAUCAGUUUUACGCACAGGAAUUAUAUGACUUAUUUUAACAAAACGGAAUUGCUUUGCAUUAUGUGCAAAACGGAAUUGCAUUAUGUACAACAAACUACACCUUUUCUAUUUCAUAGUAUUUUUUUGGACCACACUUCUGUGAAUAGCUUUUACACAGAGAAAACUCUUAAGAAAAAAAAAAAAAAAAAAGAUUGAUUACUCUCAAGCUGCACUUAUUUUCCAGUUUCAGCCGACCCCUUGUAAACACUUUCUGUUGUUGUUUGGCUGAAUAAUCGUGGAUAUUGCCCUCUCUUCACUGCUUUUUCUAGGCAGAUUUUUUGGUGGGUUUUUGAUAACAUGUCUGUGUAAAUUUGGCUAUAUGAAUUCUCUGUGUUGACUCAAAUGAUUUGCUCUAUAUUUUUCACUAAAAUCAAUUUAAAAAUAUUUCCAAGAGCAAUGACAGAUUUGUUGCGCGCAGUGAUGACUUUCAAGUAGCAUCUCUUGUAGGCCUUUCCCCCUGCCAUUUUAAAUAUUGAUUAUAUUUUAUACUGUUAGUAUUACACUUGUUAUUAUAUACAGAUAUUGUACACAAACACAUUGACGAAGUUGGAACAAACCGUUGUCAAACCGUGUCCCCCGUGGUUGUUAUUUAAGUUCAGUACUGACUCAGCGAGAAAUGAAUGAGAACAAUAAAUCUGAUAGCUUUCAGAUGCUUCAGUGCAACUUUCUUUCUUUCUUUCUUUCUUUCUUUCUUUCUUUCUUUCUUUCGCAAUUUUGUUUAAAUAUUAAAACUACUUUCUAAAUUAUAACACAUUUGUAUUUGUUUGACGUUUCGUCUAGGCAAAUACUGAGACAAUUUCUGAAAUGUAUACAAAGGGAAUUCAGUAGUGUAUCUUUUUCCCCUCGAACUUCUGACCCUUGGCCUAAAUAUGGAAGUGUGAGAACUUCCCAAAUGUUUUCACCUUGCAUUGUCAUAUUUCCGUAUUGUCUUUUUUUUCUGUUAGCAUGUGUUUCUGUAUAUGCUUUAGUGUUUUUUAAACAAAAGACACAAUUAUACCAUGUAACUUGUCUAUAUACUGUCUAUCUGCUAUAGCCUAUUAACGGCGUAUAUCAAGUAAAGAUAAGCUUCACGUCGUCGUUGUAAAUACAAAUAAUGCAAUACAUUUUUUCAUUUUAUUAUAAAACUUCUCCGUCAAUGACUUAAAGAUUUUCUGAGACUCCAAAUAGUGCGGGGUUAUGGGGCAUCCCAAACCUGGUCAGUUAUACUGUUUUCGUAUUGUACCAAUUAUAGCCGAUAUAUUAUGCUUUAUACCAGCUGGCAUGCACUAUUUUGAUUUAGAUUAUUUUCCUCUCAACUGAAUAUAUAUUAUCAAAACAUUCGGAGGCAUUUUUUCUUAUCCAAUAAAUAAAUAAAAAAGACAAAGAAAUGUCUAAUCAUAGCCUAUUAUAAUCUUUAUAGGAUCAAAGAGACAUAGAAAUGUGUUGCACUAUUCAGUAUUGCACUACUACUCUUUCUUUUCAAAACUCUUGUCCCUAUUAAACCAGGGUAAUAAUUUUCAUAUUUUGUAAUACCACUAGAAUGUCUUAAAAGUUUAUUAGUGUUUCCCCCCUUGUUUUAAUAAAUGGGCACAUAAAUAAUGGUUACCAGCGAUGUGAUUAUUGCCCUUAGACAACCCGUUUACCGCAUUCUUUGUAGAAUGGUUCAGGACAUUAUUUUAUGGUUUAGGCCGGAUCAUUUCAGUAAACUGAACUGGAUGAACUGAAUAAAACAACUGCAAUAUCCUAGCAGAGAACAAACUGCAAAAUUGCAUUUAUUGUAAUUCAAUUAGUAGGCUACAUUAUAUUCAGUUAGCGUGCCUUCAGCAAACAAUUUAUUUAUUUGGCUUCAUUUUGGGAACGCUUUUUUUUUUUACUUUCAAGUGUAUAAAAAGAUAAAAAAUAAAACAAGCACGAGCGUCCAGCUCUUCGAGUGACGUAAUUUGGAAUCCAUUCCGUGCACGCUCUGAAGCAGGAGUGAAUUUGUAUGCAUGGAAAUUCGUAUGCUUGCCACGUAGCUCUCUGAAUGCAAAAAGGCCUAGAUCCUUCCAUCAGAUUGCAAUGUAAAAGCGUGCAAAAACGAUUGUGUGACUGAAUUGCUUUUCUUCUGCAAACCGACCGUUUCUGCGGGGAAUAGCACAACUGUUGGCCCUUAAUUUUCAUCAAGACAAGUUUGGCAAUUUCCCCCAUUUGUAUUCAUUCCUGCUAUGUUUGAAAUAGCUGGCUUUGCACUCUUUUCAGCUCAGGCGCAACACAAGCCUUCCAGCUGAACGAACGACGUUUCUGAUGAGACUUGGGAGUGCAGCUGAUUUUUUUCUUCUUCUUCUUUUCUGGAUAACUUUUGUGGGGUAGUGACUAUUCAGCCAAACACACGGUUCUUCUCUUGAAGAUUUAAAUUUCGCGGAUGAUUUACCGUACAUCCGUUGCGUGGCAACGAAAUUCAACCUGUGGUUAUAAGCGCGCGCCCCACCCUUCAUGCGAUAUACUCGAUGUUAAUAGCAUCGCUCACACACCCAGAAUCACGGAGAUGUAAAGCUUUCUGUUUCUGUCUAAAACUGUCUAAAGAAAAGUUUAUGAUACGCAGUGAUAAAAUGAAUGAAAAUAAAGAGAUUUGUUAGGCUGAUUAUA